UAUGGAAUGACUGAUUAAUUUAAAGAAGACAAUUUAUUUACAUGGAAGUGACAUAAUUAUGCCAAAUUACAAAAAAUCGGCUGACAAUAAAAAUUGUAGAAGGAAAUCAAUAAAAUUUCUGCAGGGAUAGAAUGGUAACUGCGCAUUGUAAUUUGCAGUGCCGGUUAAGUUCAACUGUUCAACUCAACGUUACUGGGAAAAGUUGGAGUUUUGACGAGGAGAGGAGAGGAAGUUGAUGGCGCCGGAGAUCAGCUGGCGCGGGCUCACAGCAACUCUCGUAGUCUUACUGCUGAUCCAGCCGUCGAUCUCCAUUUACUGCGACGACGAUGAUUGCUAUGAUCUCCUCGGGGUUUCUCAAUAUGCUAAUUCUUCCGAGAUUAAGAAAGCCUACUACAAGCUCUCACUUAAGCAUCACCCGGAUAAAAAUCCUGAUCCGGAAUCAAAGAAGCUGUUUGUGAAAAUUGCGAAUGCUUAUGAGAUUUUGAAAGAUGAAUCUACAAGGGCACAAUAUGAUUAUGCAAUUGCUCACCCAGAGGAGGUAUUCUACAACACAGCAAGGUACUACCAGGCUUAUUAUGGUCACAAAACAGAUCCUCGUGCAGUUCUUGUGGGUCUUCUGUUGGUGCUUUCUGCAUUUCAAUAUAUGAAUCAGUUGACGAGGUAUAAGCAGGCUCUUGAUAUGGUCAAGAGGACACCAGCGUAUAAAAACAAGCUGAAGGCACUGGAACUUGAGCGCACUGGGGGAGCAACAAAUAGAAAGAAGAGCAAUAAGCAAAUGAACAAGAAGAUGGAAGAAGACCUCAGCAAUGAGCUUGAACUGCAAAUUAAGGGGGCCGAAAAGCCAUCCGUCUGGGGACUUGUUGGGGUUCGUUUCAUUCUUCUUCCAUAUGCAGCUGGUAAGAUGUUAUUGUGGUGUGUCCGUUGGUUAUGGAGAUACAAGGUCAAGCGAGCUCCAUAUUCAUGGGAAGAUGCCUCCUACUUGACACGAAGAUCCUUGGGUGUGCCACAUGAUUCGUGGAACUAUAUUGGUAGUUUUCCUCUUUUCGAAGUGGUGCUUUAAUGAAUCUCUUGGGUGUGUUCUGCAGACGAAUCAACAAAGGAAGAUCUCAUUGGGAGACGGCUAUGGGAGAAAUCCAACUUGCAGAGCUACAUGGCGGAGAUGCGGAAAGAGUCGAAGCGAAGAAGAUGACGAAUCUCAAACAUGGAGAGCAAAUUUUGAUGCUGGAAUACUGACUACCUCGCGCACAGCAAUUUCUCCGAUUACAAUUCAACCGGACAAUGUUCGACACUCGGUAAUAUUUCAUACGUCAUUGACCCCACGUAGAAGCCACGUAUAGAGUGAAUACAUACUGGGGAACGGGAUAGGUCUGUUUUAAAAGAAAAACGCUGAGGAAGUUGCUUAGAAGUUUUAGAAAUAGGUAGAGGGUUUUCGGCUAUUUUAAGCAUUGUAAUCCUAUUUGCUUCGCGUUGAGAAUUUUCAAGGCGCAUUUCAAUCAAUUCCAUUAGCAACUCUGUAGUGAGGAUAUGUGAUAUAUCUUGCAUAGAGAUUUCAUCAAACUCAGUGACUGAUUGAUGAUAUCCUGCAAAUCAGAAAUCUGAGGCUCAGCACAGCUGGAUUAAAAAACAACCUCGCAGCAUACUUCUUUCCCAAAUGAGCAAGUUUCUGAAUAGUUGAAUCAUAUUAUCUGAAUUAACUUCAUUAGGUACAAGGACAAUCCUUAUCCAUCAGACAUACAAAC